AUGGAGUCUCUUCCCGAUGCGAUCCUUCAAUACAUUCUCUCCAAAAUGACAGCUGCAAGGGACGUCGCUGCCUGCAACUGCGUCUCCACGCGGUGGAAAGAGUCGACAGACUCCGUCACGAGCAUUUCAUUCCCCCGGAACGCGUUCGAAAGCAUCCCGGAGAUUCAAGAUUCCGACGCCACCGUCCUCAAGAUGAUCUCGUCUUUCCGUCGCCUCGAGGAGCUUGUGGUGUUAAGCCCCUUCACCAGCCAAGGCCUAGCAUCUUGGAUGACGCAAGUCGGUCAAUCUCUCAAGCUGUUGGAGCUGAGAAUGGAUAAUCUCACUAGCGAUGAGGUUAUCCUAGAGGCUCCUUUGAAGCUUGAUUGCAUUGGCUCGGCCAAGAAGCUGGAGACUUUGAAGCUUUGGGGUGUUUUGAUGAUGACACCUCCCAAGUGGGAUGUGUUCCCAAACCUCACCAGCCUUGAAAUAGUGGGAGCAAGAAUAGACGAUUGCGCGUUGUGUUAUGCGCUACGUGCAUGCCCGAAUCUGACUAACUUGCUUCUACUAGCUUGCGAAGGAGUUAAAUCAAUCACGAUCACUCUUCCGUACUUGGAGCACUGUAAGCUUGAUUUCUUCGGAGCAGGUAACAGCUUGCUCUCCCUCACGAGCCCGAGACUAGUGUCCCUUGAUGUUCAAGGCUGUAGCUGGAUCAGUGUCCCUGAAUCCAGAUUCUUGAAGAGCCUAUCCAUCGCCAACAUUGCUGGGAGAGUUUACAUGGUGGAUUUCCGUAACCUUUCAUCGCUUGAGGCCUUGUCGAUUCGAGGCGUGCAAUGGUGUUGGGAUGCGUUAUCCAUAAUGCUGCAUCAAGCGAGAGACGUGAAGCAUCUCUUCAUGAAGGUGGAGUUCACUGGCAAUGACUCUCUCGUCCCUUUCCCUGAGAUUGAUUUCGUCGAGUUCUUCAAUAACCAUCCCAAGCUUCAGAAAUUCGACAUCCAUGGAGCAAUGUUCGCUGCACUCUGCCAGAAGAACAGCCUAAAGAAGCUUGAGACUGGUUUUUCAAUACCGUGUUUGGAGGAAGUUGUGAUCACAGUGAGGUCUCCGUUGAACGCAGAGCAGAAGAUGAACACGCUUGAGUCGCUUGUGAAGUACGCGAAAGGACUGAAACUGAUGGUGAUAAGGGUUCUUCGGAUGAAGAGCAACCACAGCAGCGCAGAUGAUUUCUGCGACGAUAUCUGCAAGUUUCACUACAUGAAUGAGCAUCUUGUUCGAAUAGAGUGA